AUGGAUUCACGUCGUAAAGGUGAUCUAAUACGAACAUUACUCGAACAGAAAUUAAUCAAUUGGCAAUCUAAAGAACAGUUUGAUAUGUCUGACACUGAUUUAAGUUAUAUUGAAUUUGAUCAGACACUAGAUGGUCUUCGCUUAGAAAAUGUUCGAUUAGACAACCCUAAAUUUGUUAAUUUGCAUUUAAGUAAAUGUGUAACUUAUUUAAAAAUUCAAUUUUAA